AUGGGUGAUUGUGACGAAGACCUUGGAGACAACGACAUAAGGGGUCUGAAAAGGCGUCGAAGCGAUCAAGAAAUACCCUCAGUGCUUGGUCGUCGCAAGACAGCUUGUCAAACGUGCCGGAACAGAAAAGUCAAAUGCGACCUGAAGCGCCCGGUCUGCUCGCUAUGCGAAGCGGCGGGCAAUCACUGCAUCUACCUAACAGAACCGCCUAAGCAAACCCUCGAGAGCGUUGCCGAAACCCUGACUGGCCGUCUCGACCUCGUUACUCGCCAGCUCGAAGACCUCAAAGCCGUGGUGCAAGCCAAUGGCAAACCUGAAAGCACACGGGAGCAGUCGGCGAGCUUUUUUGCCAUUGAGGAAACCGCCGGGCACCCGAGACCAAGUCCAUUCUCGCCUGGUGUAUCUUCCCUCAUCACCAGUCCUCCCGUUUUAGCUCCACCGAUUACCGAGCCCUCGAGGGACUUCUCACAUAUUCCCCCGCAUCGAACCACAGCCGACACUGUUCUUAUGUGGCCUAUCUUUGCACAGCGCUUUGACAGUAACUACCUUAUUCAGCCACUCUUGACCGAUCCGGAAGUUGCAGACCCUCAUCCACUCUCUUCCACAUCUCCGGAGCGAGAUAACUAUGCGCUACACAACUCGGUCGCCCCGCUCGACGACGAGCGCAUACCAAUUCUAGUUGACAGUUUCUUGCAGAACGUUCACACCAAGAACCCUGUACUUGAUGUUGAUACACUGAUUCUCAAGAGUAGGCAAGCGUCGAUCCAUGGCCUGGGCUGGGACGCUUGGUCGUGCUGCAUUCUUCUGGCAUGUGCUCUUGGAUCGGUCGCGAAGCCUUUCCCAGCCGAUGCUACAACCCCGAAAGUUGCCAAUCUCAAAGAGCUUCAGAUGGGGGAGCACUGUUUUGUGCUUGCAUGUCGUAGGAUUGGGUUACUCAAACAGACUGUCUUGUCUGCACAGUGCCACUUCUUUGCAGGAGUGUAUCUAAUGUAUACGCUCAGACCGAUGUUGUCUUGGCAACACUUUCACCAAGCAUCAAUAACAUAUCAGCUCUAUCUAAAAACCAAUGGUCGUCUGCUAGACAACUUCACCGUCCUUGAGCCAGGCCAUGCACGCCUCCAGCCAGCUAGCGAAUCAUUUCGAAAGCAAUCGCGUCUAGAACAGCGACUUUACUGGUCAUGCUUCAAGUCCGAGGCCGAAUUCAGAGUUGAGCUACCACUACCACAAUCCGAAAUUGCCGACUAUGACUUUCCAAAGCUUUUCCCAAGCCCACCCUCGCCACCAUCACCCACUACAUACGCUGCAGGCAAUAGUGAUGCGCAGUCAGGCCUGUCAGAGCAUUUCUCACCUACUAUCGAGAACCGAACAGAAGAGGAUCUGCCCGUUCGCCAAACCGAAAGCUGGUACUAUUAUCUCACCGAAGUGGCGCUCCGCAGGAUUGGCAAUCGCAUCAUCAACACGUUCUUUACUGGCAACCGUGAGAGCUGGCUCCACAUCGAGCCUUACCUGGAUAUUGCGGUCGAGUUCGAGGCCCAGGUGUCUUCCUGGUAUGCCAAUCUCCCUCCAACCAUGCAACGAUAUGAGACCAAUUCGACCAUCAGAGCCCCACGCCGAGAAUCUGUUGCAGGCCUGACGAUCGAUGCAGUCUCCCAAGAGCUCAGCUGGGCAACGGAAAAUAGACUUCUCGAGAUGCGGUCGUGGCUGUAUCAACCUUUCCUCUACUACCUGAUCCAUGCCAAGCCACAAAGACUGCAGCCACAGCAACCCCUUGCUAGCCCCACAGGCUACGCCAGUAGUAACAAGUCUGCGUCGCUUGCGCCAGAGACAGCCAGCGUGCUCUGGAAUCUCAUCCUGCGCGGGAUUGAAUGCAACCUCACUAUCCUGGAAACGCGAUCGGUCCCCCAUCGACAUCAUGGUCUGUGGUACGACUUACGCGCUAUCAUGUGCGCCUCAUUGAUCCUCCUCGCUAUCGUCAGAAGCGGGAACAUUGAUCUGAUCCCAGGAGGCAACGAGACCCUGGUCGGUCCUUCUACCGAGCGCUCAACCGCUCAGGCACCCCAACGACGUACUCUUUCAACGAAUUCAUCGAACGGACGGCCAGUAGCUUUGGUUGGAGGACGCUUGGGAAGGGUCUUAGAUCAGCUCCGCUUCUGGUCUGUUGAAUCUCCGGAUAUGGCGCGUCACGCCGACACCUUGGAGCAGCUGAUCUUCGAGAUCAUGGUCUAG